AUGGCGGGGGCCGGGGAGGCCUUGGCGGCGGAGCGGGAGCCUGAGCAGGAGCCGUCGGCGGGGCGGAAACGCCCCAACAAGAAGAAGGCGGUGAAAGUGGAUGAAUCUGAACUCCUCACCGUCCCAGAUGGAUGGAAAGAGCCGGCCUUCACCAGAGAGGACAAUCCUAGAGGGCUGCUGGAAGAAAGCAGUUUUGCAACGCUGUUCCCAAAGUACAGAGAAGCCUACUUGAAAGAGUGCUGGCCACUGGUCCAGAAAGCCUUGAACGAACACUUUGUGAAUGCCACACUGGAUCUGAUUGAAGGUAGCAUGACUGUCACUACUACCAAGAAGACUUUUGAUCCAUAUGCAAUCAUCAGGGCUAGAGAUUUGAUAAAACUUCUAGCAAGAAGUGUUCCGUUUGAACAGGCAGUCCGCAUCCUACAGGAUGAUGUUGCAUGUGAUAUCAUUAAAAUAGGAUCUCUAGUAAGAAAAAGAGAAAGCUUUAUAAAAAGAAGAGGACGACUUCUUGGGCCAAAGGGAUCUACUUUGAAGGCCCUGGAACUGUUAACAAACUGUUAUAUUAUGGUGCAAGGAAACACUGUCUCAGCCCUUGGACCUUUCAGUGGGCUAAAGGAGGUUAGAAAAGUUGUUCUGGACACAAUGAAGAAUAUACAUCCCAUAUAUAACAUCAAGACUUUGAUGAUCAAGAGGGAAUUAUCAAAAGAUCCUGAACUGAGAUCACAAAAUUGGGAAAGGUUUUUGCCUAAGUUCAAGCGGAAGAACUUGAAGAAACGGAAGGAGCCAAAGAAGAAGAACGUUAAGAAGGAGUACACACCAUUCCCACCUCCGCAGCCAGAGAGUCAGAUUGACAAGGAAUUGGCAAGUGGUGAAUAUUUCUUGAAAGAAAGUCAGAAGAAACGAAAGCGAAUGGAAGAGAUCAAGGCAAAACAAGCAGAUGCACUCAAGAAAAGACAAGAAGAAAGAAAUAAAGCUUUUAUCCCACCAAAGGAAAAGCCAGCUGUGAAAGCAAAGAAAGCCUCCACUGAGAAGAAAAUUGAUAUUGAAGCCAUAAAGGAAAAAGUAAAGAAUGCAAAGAAGAAAAAACUAGGAGCACUUCCAGCGGAAGAAGUCAAACUAAAGAUGGCAGCAGAUGAAAAGAAAAAAAAGAAAAAGAAGUAGUUCACUACUCAAGAUGCUUACGUUUCUCUUAUUCUAAAAAACAUUUUUGUAUUUGGGAGACUUGAGACUUAAGGUUUAACCACUUACUGAUGUCAGUAUCUCAUAAACACGCCUAAAUAAUGGACCUAAAGCAGCUGUGUGAAAGAGUCAGGGCUGAUGAAUAAAACAUGCUCUGACAUAUUGUUUGAGAAAGUAAGAGUGUAUUUUGAUAAUACUCCUGUUUCUACAGGGAGAGUUUUGUAAUACAGUCGUUUCAGGAGGUUGGCACAAACUCUUAGACAUCAGGUUCUGAGAACUCGGUGGGAGGCCAAGGUAAUCUUUUUUGUGAAAGAGUAUUAAACAAAAAGCAGCCUCAGUUAUGAUGAUAACUAUUGCAAAACAGACAA